AUGCAUAUAACGGCAGCUUCGCUUAUAUUUUGGUUCAUCGCUCUUUGCAAUCACUGCGAAGUCGAUGGCGCGCGGUCGCUGGAGUCUUCCUCUGCAACAGGCGGCGCAGCGUCUUCCGUGAAAGCAGCGCAGCGCGCUACCAACCAAGACGACGAUGAUGUAGAUGAGGAAGAUGUAGAGGACGAGGAGGGUCAUGAGGAUGAUGACGACGACAACGUGGAUCAGGAGUUGGACGACGCAGAGGACCGGUACAGGGACACUAAGCGCAUUGUAUUGCUGUACAGGUUUGAAACUGACGAGAAGACACUCGAAGACGCAGAAGACGUCGGUCUGAAGGAGGACCUCGAAGAGGUGGGAAAUGAAGCAAGCGAAGAAGCUUAUGCUCGUGCCAAGGCAGAGUCAGGCAAGGAAAAUCAGGAGUCCGAGGACGCAGCCAAGGCACGCAUACGCCGGCUCAUGGACGAUCUGGUCACCGCGUCACUAGAGCUACGUGAGAUAAACCGUGAACUAGAUGAAUUGUAA